AUGUAUGGAAAUGUCUGGAACAUUGGACGGAGUCGGAGGGAUCGUAAAGGGCGUAGCGACAGCGUCUCAGACUGUCAGAACUGGCAGGACCUGGACUCACAGAACACCGUUAAUAAAAUAGAAAACAUCGAGACGUCAGUCGAAGUGGUGGACGGGAGGCAGAAGAUAGUCAGCAGACUGGUGAUCCAGAACGCCAGUGUAUCAGUCAUGUAUAAAUGCUCUGCUAACAACAAAGUGGGUAAAGACCAGAAGCUGAUAUACUUCUAUGUGACCACAAUCCCAGAAGGGUUCAGUGUAGAGCUGGGUCCGUCUGAGGAACCUCUGGAGCAGGAGGAGGUGUCGCUAAGCUGCAUCGCUGACAACUACACCUACGAACAGCUCACCUGGUACAGACUGGACCCGCAGGCGCUGCAGGAUGAACGUGGUAAACCCCUGGAGCUGGACUGUCGUAGUGUCCACCUGUACGCUGACCGCCUGGAUGGACAACUGACCUAUCAGGAGCAGUCUAACAGCUGGGUCCUGGAGAUGACUAUAGCUAGCAUCACGCUACAGGAUGAAGGGAACUAUGUCUGUGAGGUUCAGAAUAGGAGGAGCCGAGAGAAACACUGUCUACGCAAAUACAUAUCGGUUAAAGCUCUAGAAGCCCCCUGGUACAGACACAACCCAGCCAAUCAAACAUUGAACGUCAGUGAGUCUCUCCUGAUGGAGUGUGAUGUCGUGGGAACUCCUUCACCACACCUCUCCUGGUUCAAAGACAACCAGCCCCUGCACCAAAUGUCAGGACUGCAGCUACAGGACGCCAACAGGACUUUGAGUAUCCAGCGUGUCAGAGAAGAGGACGCCGGUCUCUACACCUGCACCGCCUGUAAUCAGAGGGGCUGCGCCCACUCCUCCGCUGCCGUCACAGUGCUGG